AUGUCCUACGGAACCCACCGACAGGUCGGCGACGUCGCAAAGCGAGAGGCGCAAUACAACACGGCAAUCAGCGCCGCCGCCACUGGCUUCGCAGUCGGCACCCUCUGCGCCGCCCCCGUCGCCUUUCUGGCCAACCGCUCGCUCCCGACGUUCCGCAACCUCACCCCCGCCAUCAAGACGUCGCUCGUCUUUUCCGUCGGCAUCGCCACCGGCGUCAUCCGAGCAGACAAGGCCGGCAUCGCCUUUGACAAAGAGCACUAUUCCGACAAGGGCGCCGCCAUCCAGAGGAGGUAUCAGACCAGCGAGGAGAGGCAGUGGGACCAGCUGUCGUUCCGCGACAAGGCCCUCACCUGGGCAAAGGAGAACAAGUUUGGCGUCGUCGCCGGAAGCUGGGUGACGUCGAUGGGCCUGACGUUUGCCUACAUCAACACGCAGCCGCUGUCGUUUGCGCAAAAGCUGGUGCAGGCGCGCGUGUGGGCCCAGGGCCUGACGCUCGCCUCGCUGAUUGGUAUGGCCGCCAUCACCCAGAUCCCGAGCGAGGGCGACAAGAUCAUCAAGCAGCACAAGGAGGCCACCGAGCACAGCUGGAAGGAUUUCGUCGGAGAGGUCGACAACGACGACGGCAGCUCCAACGAGGAAAAGCAGCAGCGGCAGCAGCAGAAGCAGCUCACCCGGUCCCAGGGCAAGGCGUACCAGUAG